UUAGCGGCACAGCCUCUCAUAUAUAAGGAGCAGCCGGAGGAGUGUUCAGUCGCUGAGAGCCAUACACCCCUCGCCUGCACACACACACAUAACACACAUACACUCACAUACACCCUCGCCACCACCACCUGCUCCGUCCCCCUUCAUUUCUGCUCACACCCCCACGGUAGUCUGACCGGAUGAGUUACCCGGUGGACACGAUAGGGAGCCCCUUCAGGAGAACUAUGGAUUCUAGGACCAGCUACGGCUACAGCCGCCAAGGCAGCACCCCCUCAAGCGGCUUCCGCUCCCAGUCCUGGUCCCGGGCAAGCCCCGGAUCCACCAUGACCACCUCCUACAAGAGGAGCGUGAACAUGCCGGUGUCCAGAGCCUACAGCUCCACGGUGCUCAGCUCCGCCGACAGCGUUGAUUAUAGUCAAACCUCCAUGUUGAACGGAGACUACAAGCGGUCUAAUGAGAAAGAGCAACUUCAAGGGCUCAAUGACCGCUUCGUUGUUUACAUCGAUAAGGUGCACUUCCUGGAGCAGCAGAACAAGCAGAUCGAGGCGGAGAUCCAGGCACUGCGGCAGAAGCAGGUGUCCCGCUCCCAGCUGGGAGACCUCUACGACCAGGAGCUCCAGGAGCUGCGCUCCAUGCUGGAGCAGAUCCACCACGAAAAGGCGCAAAUCCAGCUCGACACUGACCACAUCGAGGAGGACAUCCAGCGGCUCAGGGACCGCUUCGAGGAAGAGGCUCGCAUCCGGGAGGAGACAGAGGCGAUAAUCCGCGUCCUGAAGAAGGACACGGGUGACUCAGAGUUGGUGAAGUCUGAGUUGGAAAAGAAAGUUCAGUCUCUGCAGGAUGAGAUCGCCUUCAUCCGCAACAACCAUGAAGAGGAGGUGAGCGACCUCAUCGCCCAGAUUCAGGAGUCUCAGAUCACCGUGGAGAGGAAAGACCUCCAGAAGGCGGACAUCACCGAAGCUCUGCGGGAGAUCCGCUGCGAACUGGAGGGCCAUUCCAACCAGAAUCUGCAGCAGGUGGAAAACUGGUUCAUGUGCCGCUACGCCAAGCUCACUGAGGCUGCGGAGCAGAACAAGGACGCCAUAAAGUCCGCCAGGGAUGAGAUAUCCGACUACCGCCGCCAGCUGCAGUCCAAGACGGUGGAGCUGGAGUCUGUCCGCGGGACGAGGGACUCUCUGGAGAGGCAGCUGAAUGACAUCGAGGACCGCCACAACAGCGAUCUGUCCAGCCUGCAGGAGACAAUUCACCAGCUGGAUAAUGAGCUCAAGAGCACCAAAUGGGAAAUGGCUCGUCACCUGCGUGAGUACCAGGACCUGCUGAAUGUAAAGAUGGCCCUGGAUAUCGAGAUUGCUGCAUACAGGAAACUCCUAGAGGGUGAGGAGACUCACUUUAGCACUUUCCCUUAUCGCCAACCCGUCACCACCAAAAUCUCAAAGUCUAAAUCAGACGGUCCCAAACUGAAGGUGCAGCACAAGUUUGUGGAAGAGAUCAUCGAAGAGACGAGGGUAGAAGAUGAAAAGAUCGACAUUGACGAGGCCCUGGCAGAGAUAGCGCAAGAGCUGUCAGCCACCCUCGGAGGUGGAGGAGAGGAGGGAGAGGAGGAGGAAGGGGAUGAAGAAGGACAGGGAGAGGAAGAAGGAGAGGAAGCGGAAGGAGAGGGAGAUGAGGGAGAAGGUGAGGGAGAGGAGGAAAUUGUAGCAGCCACUGAAGCCAAAGUUAGCUCAAGCGCACCCACAAAGGAGGAAGAGGAGGAGGAUGAUGAUGAAAAAGGUGGUGACGAGGAAGACGAGGGCAAGGGAGAAGGAGGGGAGGAGGAAGAGAAGGAAGAAGAAGGUGAGGGAGAGGGAGAGGAUGAGGGAGAAAAAGGUGAUGAUGAAGUAGGCGGUGAUGAAGGAGAGGAAGGAGGAGAGGAAGAGGAGGAAGUUGAGGAGACAGUGCUGUGCUCUAAAGCUCCAGAGUCUAAAGCCUCUCCUGACAAAGAGAAGGCCACAGACAAGGAGGCCAGCGGAGGAGAGGAAGAGGAGGAAGCUGGUGCCGAAGAGGAAGUUGGAGAUCAGGAUGAAGAUGCAGGAAGUGACAAAGGUGGAGAUGAGAAGGAGGAAAAAGAGGAUGCAGACAAAGGAAAGAAGGAAGAAAAAGAUGAGAAGAAGGUAAAAGAAGACAAAUCAGAUGAAGUCGUAGCCAAGACCGAAGCUCCUAAAACUGAGUCUGAAAAACCUGAGGUCAAGAAGGAAGAACCUGCCAAGAAAGAUGCAUCAAAGCCAAGUUCUCCAAAGUCUGAAUCACCUAAGCUUGGAUCCCCCAAGUCUGAAUCACCUAAGCUUGGGUCCCCCAAGUCUGAAUCACCAAAGCCUGGAUCCCCCAAGUCUGAAUCACCAAAGCCUGAAUCCCCCAAGUCUGAAUCACCUAAACCAGAGUCUCCUAAAUCUGAGUCCCCCAAACCUGCAUCCCCAAAGUCUGAGUCCCCCAAAGAAGGCUCACCUAAAGCUGGAUCCCCAAAACCAAGCUCCCCAAAAUCUGAGUCUCCUAAAUCUGAAUCCCCAAAACCUGGAUCUCCUAAAGCAGAAUCCCCAAAGAAAGAGACCCCAAAACCUGAGCCCCCAAAGGCUGCAGAAGAGAAAUCUGAGAAGAAGAGCGACUCCACAGAAGACAAGAAAGUAGAAAAGAAAGAUGUUGCGAUGAAUGGUGAUCUAGACAAGAGUAGCCCAGAUGAGAAGGAGAAGAAAGAUGAGGAGAAGGAAACUGAUGUGAUCGCUAACGGUGUGGACGAGAGCCCCGUAAAGGAAGACGGCAGCCAGAAGGUGGUGAUCACCAAAACCGUGGAGACGAUCACAACCGGAGAAGACGGAUCCAAGCACGUCACCAAAUCCAUCACUGUGACUGAGACCGUGAAGGAGGUGGAAGAAGUUGAGGAGGUCGUGCAGGAGAAGCUUGUCUCCAGCAAGAAGACAGAGAAGCACUCCACCCAGUCUAUCAAGCAGGUGACCGAAGGUGACUGAGCAGCUUCAAGGUGGCUGAUCCAGCACGGGAGGAAGAGGAGGAGGGGGCCUGAGGAGAAGACCCGAAGACAAGCAAUCAAACCCAGAACUAACAUAACAAAGAAAAUCAUACAGCUAGAGCGAUGUAAUAAAGAUAACCACUCUCAAACAUACAAAACAAGCAUAGAGAGAAGCCAAAACCUUAAUGCUACAACCUUCAAAAAUGCAUGUUGAGUGACAGCUUUAAAUGGGCAUCGCUGCAGACGCGGUCAGGAGGGAACGACAGACAUUUUAUCCUAUUUCUGUUUCUUUCUGCAGUUCACGGGAGAG